AUGACAGAGGAGGAUUCUUCCGAUUUUACCGAAGAACCAGCCCAUAAAAAGCAUCAAAUGUGCAUAUUUACUCCUGAAGAAGAAAAAAUUCUUAUUGAUAUACACGAAAACCAUCCAGAAGUUUCUUGGCGCGAAAUUGCUAAAAAAUUAAAUAACAAAAAGGCAACACAAUGCUCUAAUCAUUACAGAGCUUUGGUAAAGCGCAAAAAUGGAAAUUGGACAGAAGCAGAAAUAGACUCUUUACGUCAAGCUGUUGCCCAAUAUGGUAAAAAUUGGAAAUUAAUUUCCAAAAUUCUUUCAAAUAGGAGAUCAAUAGAAUGCAAACAUGUUUACGAGGGACUUGAGCAGAGCACAUCUCGUAAAGAUCUUAAUGUAAAUAUAGGAAAUCAAAAUGAAGACGAUCAACUAAGCUCACCUUCUGUAUCUACAGAUAACCUUUUUGUUGAUCUUGACAUACUUCAACUUCAUAUCCUACGAACACCAAAUCAAUUUAUGAAUGAAGAUGAUCAAAGCUAUUCCAUGACUUUUAUGCUAUGCUAA